UUCUCCAAACAUAUAGAAGAAAAACACCUCUCAUUCUCUUCCUUUCGGCCCAUCUAAUGGAGGACUCUAUCCAAUCCUCCAUGAAGAAAGAAGUUCCAUCUUCCCAAAAAUCUCUAUGUUCUGAAGAGAGUGGUUGGACCAUGUAUUUUGAUGACUUCUUACCAGCAGACAAUAGAAAUUCAAGCGCUUCUUCUUUUGGCUACAUGGGUUCUUCUUCUUCCUUGGUUUCUGAUGCUGCUUCAUGUGCUGAGGCAGCGGGGAAGCUCUCUGGGCACAUCACGCUGCCGUCCGGCCCUACACAGAAAAGCUGUAGGGAAUUGAGCUUGAAAAAGAGGAGAAAGAGAGGAGCUUUGGAGGAUGAGUCUUUGGAAGAUACUGCUAGCUCUCCUGUUAAUAGUCCCAAGGUUAGUGAUUUGAAACAGUUGGACAUGAGCCCAAGAAAGAUAGAAGAUGAUAAAAACAGUUUUCAGGAGAAGGAAAUUGCUUCUGAUGGUUGUUUAGAACUGCAAACAGAUGAGAGAAAUGAGAUGGAUUUUGUAGGAAAGGAGAGUACAGAACUGAAGAAAAGGGGACUUUGCUUGGUACCCUUGUCUGUGCUUCUGAACUAUCUUGGAUAAUUCAUUAUCUGUGUAUACCUCUCUCUCUCUCUCUCUCUCUCUCUCUCUCUCUCAUGUU